UCUCACAGUGUUAUAAUUAGUUUGCAGGACGGUGACAGAUCCCAGUCUCUGAGUCUGCUCGCUGAUCAUCAGGUGGAAAAAUCUGAGUCCAGAGGCGGCCAAGAAUUGCUCGGAUCGCCGAGUGGAUGCCACGCACUAGUGUAGCAGCUGCCGCUCCUUCCAGUCUUCCCUUUGGUCCGCUGCUGCAAGCCUGCGUCAGAGACACCGUGGAGUUCCAGCCCUUCUUCCCAUUCAUCAUGAAGUCAGCGGAGGAAGAACACUAUAACUAUGCAUCUUCCAAUAUAAGUGCCAGCUUGUCACUGAGUGUGAUGAAUCCUUCAUUAUCAACUUCAUGCCAUGGUCCUCAAUCAUCAAACCCAGUCAUUUCCAUUAUUCCAUCAGCAAGCCAUUCAUCGGGAUAUGGAGGGAAUCUUGAGACUGAAACCUCGGGAUACUACUUAUCUCCGAAUAUGAGACCUAAUGGAGCACCAUUAGAGAGCCCUAGAAUUGAAAUCACGUCAUGUUUAGGGAUGCAUACUAGCAAUAACCAGUUCUUUCAUGAAGCAGAUAUGGAAGAAUCAAUCCCUAAUGUUAAGCGAGGACAUUCAACUGCAACACUGACCUUGCCAAAUGUUGACAACUAUCGAGAUCCAUCUUGCUUGAGUCCAGCAAGCAGUUUGUCUUCCAGAAGCUGCAAUUCUGAAGCUUCCUCUUUUGAAUCAAAUUACUCUUAUCCAUAUACUUCCCCUCAGACCUCUCCAUGGCAGUCACCAUGCGUCUCUCCCAAAACAACUGACAUAGAAGAAGGCUAUCAGAGAAGCAUGGUCACCUGUAAUUUGCUGAACUCUCCCAGGCAUUCCCCAUCUACUUCUCCCAGGACGAGCAUUUCAGAAGAAAAUUGGCUUGCAGCUCCAAACUCACGCCCAACAUCUCCAUGCAACAAAAGAAAAUACAGCCUUAAUGGCAGACAGACUUCUUACUCCCCUCAUCACUCUCCGACUCCAUCUCCUCACAAUUCUCCCAGAGUUAGUGUGACUGAUGAGACCUGGUUGGGAAACACUCACCAGUAUACAAGUUCUGCAAUUGUUGCAGCAAUUAAUGCUCUCACCACUGACCCAAUAGACAUGAAUGAUGACAUUCCAUCAAAAGCCAGAAAAACAGAGUACAGCAUACCUCUAAAAACAGAGCCCAUUUGUGAUGAACAUGGCACAUUGUCACCAUCUGCUGACUUGUCACCAGAAGAGUAUUCUGGAUUCCAUCACAUCAGGAAAGGCAAUUUCUGUGAUCAAUAUCUGUCGGUUCCACAGCAUCCUUACCAAUGGGCCAAACCAAAGAACAUGUCCCCUACAUCCUAUUUGAGCCCCUCUCUGCCGGCCCUUGAUUGGCAUCUGCCAUCCCAGUCAGGACCUUAUGAACUGAGAAUUGACGUGCAGCCCAAAUCUCAUCACAGAGCUCAUUAUGAGACGGAAGGAAGCCGAGGGGCGGUGAAAGCAUCUACAGGAGGCCAUCCCAUUGUGCAGCUACACGGGUAUUUGGAAAGCGAGCCACUCACCCUCCAGCUGUUCAUCGGCACGGCAGACGAUCGCCUGCUGCGACCUCAUGCUUUCUAUCAAGUCCAUCGUAUCACUGGCAAGACCGUUUCAACGACAAGCCAUGAGACCAUCAUCUCCAACACCAAAGUUUUGGAAAUCCCACUGCUGCCUGAGAACAAUAUGAAAGCAAUUAUUGACUGUGCCGGUAUACUGAAGCUGCGCAAUUCUGACAUUGAGCUGCGAAAAGGGGAAACUGACAUUGGAAGAAAGAACACUAGAGUGCGUCUGGUGUUCCGUGUUCACAUUCCACAACCCAAUGGGAGAACGCUGACACUGCAAGUGGCAUCCAAUCCAAUUGAGUGCUCCCAGCGGUCUGCUCAGGAAUUGCCUUUGGUAGAAAAACAAAGUAUUGACAGCUUCCCGGUGAUUGGAGGAAAGAAAAUGGUUGUGUCUGGCCACAACUUUCAUCAGGAUUCCAAAGUCAUUUUUGUUGAAAAAGCUCCAGAUGGACAUCAUGUAUGGGAAAUGGAAGCAAAAACAGAUAAAGAAAUGUACAAGCCAAAUUCACUAGUUGUGGAGAUCCCAGCGUUUCGCAAUCAAAGAAUAUCCAGCCCAGUUCAAGUCAAUUUUUACGUCUGUAACGGGAAGAGGAAAAGAAGCCAGUACCAGCAAUUCACCUAUCUGCCAGCCAAUGUUCCAAUUAUAAAAACAGAGCCCACUGAUGACUAUGAGUCAGCUCAAACUUGUGGCCCAGUGAACCAGGGAUUAACGCAACUCUCAAAGCCAUACUACAGCCAACAGAUUUUGAUGCCAUCUGAUCCUGGUUCGUGCCUUGUGUCUGGCUUCACAUCUUGUCAACAAAGAAACACUGUGAUGACAUCUUCCAAUUCAAGCCACAAGCUCCAUGACCUAUCAUCUUCACCGUACAACAAAUGCAUCUCGAAUACUGGCCACUCCCAGCUAGGACUUCAGCAGCCCACUGGAGGCGUUCCCACCAUACAGGAAGUGCCACGGUCUAUAGUUGUGCACCCAAGUUCACCCGAUCAGUCAUCCCACAUCAUGCUGCAGCCGCAGGUGAGUCUCCAUCAGAGCAGUAGCUGUCCCCUUGGUUAUCAACAAACAGUCUAUCCCAACAGUCCCUCUUCUCCAGUUCCGUCUAUUACCCAAGAGCCAUCCUAUUUGCAGCCCUGCAGUCCAACUAAUUCAUCAGUAAUGGGCCAACCGCAGCACCAACAGCAGAAGGUUCAGAGAAAUGAAUCUCCAACCACUCAACCUCUGUCACUGCCAGAGUUGCAUGAGGACAGUAAUCAUAAUUUGGCCCCUAUUCCUGUAACCAUCAAGUGUGAGCCUGAGGAAUUGGAUCAGUUGUACUUGGAUGAUGUAAAUGAAAUUAUAAGAAAUGACCUCUCAAGCAACAAUGUCCAUUCAUAGCUAUGACAAUCAUGAACUUAGACAGUGACCUGUCACCCAUCUGCUGUGGAAUGAAGAUUAAAUAAUGAAUUGGAUUCCUAUAACCAAGUCCUUCCAUCAUUUCAUGGAGUUUAUAUCUCUGGUACAGCAGGUACAUCAGACUUGUUUAGUCUUCAGCAGGACUCUCAUCUCAAGAAAAACAAGAAAUAAAACAUUGUAACUGUGUAUUGUAUGGAAUAUAACUGAAAUACUUGACGAAAGCUGAUGGCUAGGAACCGUGACUGAUCCGUUUGGCACCACUGGAUGCCGGCAGUGCCUUAAAUGUUCAUAUUUGUGGCAUUAGGAUGAAUCAAAAAGCUUUCUGUUUGCUACCAAAAGAAGUAUUUUCGGUGCAAAGAACUAUAAAGCAACUGUUCAGCUUGCUGUAUUAUAGAAGCAAACUUAAUUCCGACGAAGAUAACAACGAUUGGAUGUAAAAAACUUAGCCUACAAACUCUUUCAAUGCUGCAGAUCAAAAUGGAAGUAUCGCCUUAACCUGUGCGCCUCAAAACCAACCAAUUGGACUCUUGUUAUAUUUUAUCUAAUAUAUAUAAAGUAAUCCUUUUUAUUAAAAUAAUGUUUUAUUCUAAAUUUGGAACCAGAGCACAGCACAAAGAAAGCUUAAGCACAAGACAGUUUUAUAGAAAACAUAAAAACUGCAUGUUCAAAUGUGAUUUAAUCAGAGGAGGAUACUUAACUGUGUGAGAAAAAUUUCAUGCGCUCCCCCCACCAUUGACACAAGCAUUUCCAUAUUUAUUCAUAUUGAUAUUCAGAUUAUAUCCUGAUUAAAACCCCUUCCUCACUUCUGACUUCUCUUAUUGGAUUGUUUUCAUCUUAUCAACAAACCGUUAUAUCUGCAUACAAAAACAAGUUAUAUUAAGCUAAUAUGUCACCUGCCUUAUAUUCCUAACGCCAUCCCUUGGGUUAAUCUUGAUACAUAGGUAUAUUGUAUGCAUCGUGUUGCUCUAUCAUGAAAGCAAGCACUUUAAAGAAUAAACAACAAAAAAAUCAAGUUGCAUUAAACUAAAAGCAACAAGUGUAAUUUGUACAUAGGUGACGAUAAGAUUGUAAAUAUUUGUUUGGUUCCACAAAAGCCUUAUAACUCUUGUCAUUCUUCUGCAGUAAGGGUGGUUGACAUGUGCCUCUGCAACUGUUAUGAAACUACAAUCCCCAGAAUGCCUGCUGCCAGCUGGCAAUGCAUGCUAGGAGUUGUAAUUCAGUAACAGCAGGGGUCUCGCAGAUUGCCUCAGACUGUACAUGGGGAAUGUUACCAAAAAG